AUGGCACCGGGUUUGACAAUAUUGACAUUUGAUGUGAAAUGUCACGCGAUGUUAUCAUUUAGCGCGCCACCCUGCGGUGGCACACGGAACUGUUUAGUUAUCAGCUGUGAAAUUUUUCUUCCGCAAGACGCGCCUUCAUGCGCAAUAUGUGUUCAUCUCUUUUCCGAACGGGGCCGGGCGCAUCGAUCGGUCGCGUCGCACUCUUUCCAGCCAGUCCGAGGCGGCCUCGUUGACAGCGUGUCGCCAGUGCGCGUGUGUAACCGCUGUCCCAGCUAUCGAUCCGUCAGAGGAGCCGCAUUGCUGUACAUUCCGGAGGCGGUGCCUCGCCUAGUUUUCGUCGAUCGUCAGCGUGACGGGCGCGUGGCGGCGUCGGCGGCGGUCCCGGGUGGCCUGCGCAGUAGCGACGACGUGUAG